AUGCGUCACAAAGAAAACCAACAAAUCGACAAUGAUACUCGUUUACAGCUGAUGGAUGACAACAAUAGCGAAGAUUGGGUCGAUGGCUCCACACGACCACCACGAGCACUGGCGUUUUGCCGCAAAUCGCUAUUGGGAGGAUUAGUAUGCGCUCUCGUACUUUUGGGCAUGGCUAUCGGUGCAUGGGUCACUCCUCCUAUCGCAAUAAAUGGGAGACUAGCAGAACAAGCCAAAUCAUCCAUCUCCUCCACUAGUGGGCCGGCACCACGCAAUAUUAUCAUGAUGAUUAGUGAUGGCAUGGGACCAGCCUCUGUCUCAUUUUCCCGUACAUUUUACCAGUAUAUCCACGGCUUGCCGUAUGACCAUGAAAUGCCCCUGGAUACAAUUCAUGUUGGCCAGUCUCGAACAAGAAGCUCAUCCACGUUGGUUACAGACAGUGCUGCGGGUGCCACAGCAUUCAGCUGUGGUCUCAAGACAUACAAUGGAGCCAUCGGAGUGGAUCCCAAAAAGAAUCCUUGUGGUACGGUCCUUGAGUCAGCCAAAUAUCACCGUGGCAUGCGCACUGGUUUAGUAGCGACUUCACGCAUCACACACGCAACACCUGCUUCAUUUUCAGCACACGUUACUGAUCGCGAUAACGAGAAUGCUAUUGCCAUACAACAAAUUGGUGAUUAUCGAUUGGGCCGCUCAUUGGAUCUCAUGUUUGGAGGAGGCUACUGCCACUUUUUACCCAAGUCAGAUCGCCGCAGCUGCCGCAAAGAUGAACGUGAUCUUUUUAAAGAAGCGAAUGAAAAGUUUGGAUGGGAACAUGUUCUCUCAAUUGAUCACAAUCGUACUGAAUUCGAUGCAUUACCCGAUGACGCAAGUGUGCUACCAGUCUUUGGUUUGUUUCAUCCUGAUCACAUGAAUUACGAGAUUGACCGAGAUCCAGCACUUGAACCGAGUCUCACAGAAAUGACCGAUAAAGCACUCAAGAUUCUCUCGUCAUCGGCUGAGAAAGAUGAGGAGGAGGAUAAAGGAUUCUUUUUAAUGGUGGAAGGGAGCCGUAUUGACAUGGCAGCUCAUUCCAAUGACCCUGUUGCCCAUUUGCAUGAUAUCCUAGAAUACCAAAACACUAUUGAGCUCGUCAAACGAUUUGUGGACGAGCAUCCCGAUACAUUAUUGAUUUCCACAAGCGAUCAUGAAACGGGAGGUCUUUCGCUGGCACGACAAGUCACUAGCGCUUAUCCCAAAUACUUGUGGUAUCCCGAUGUGCUUAUUAAAGCAACCCAAUCCACGGUCGCAUUGGCCAACAAGAUUAAGGCACAAGCAUCGGUGUCACAAGAUUUCUUGAUCAAGGAGAUUUUGCAAAAAGGUUUAGGCAUUGGUGAUCCCACUAAAGAUGAGCUCGAUCGCUUACUCAAGAUUGGCUCCAAAAAGCGGUUGGAUCAAUACCUUGCUGAAAUGAUAUCCAUCCGUGCACAGCUUGGGUGGGCAACGCAUGGUCACAGCGGUGUGGAUGUGAACUUGUAUGCAUACGGUGCUCAAGCCGACAGCUUACGAGGAAGCCAUGAGAACAUUGAAAUCGGUGAAUUCAUUGCCCGUAUGCUGAAUCUUGAUUUAAACGAGUUGACCACGAUGUUGAAUGAGGAUAACGAUGGCUUUUCCUUGGAAACGCUGAGCGAUAAUGACAAGAAGGAAUACACUAAUAUGUUGGAUACGUAUCAUUCCAAUCCCAAAAACCUGCAUCACCCAUCCUACUAG